AGCGAAUCGACACGUUGCCUCGCCGCAAGAAACGGCAGCAAAACAACGGAUUUGUUCGUGGUCGUUCUACACAUUUUCAAACCUCCAGUAACUAAAAUUAUUCCCUGUUUAUCUUGAUUUUUCAGCGCAUGUGUGGGUACUAAACAUCAUGAUUCUCGUACAAUGGAUUGAUAUCAAAAUAGUCAAACAAAGAGACUAUAAAGGUAUAUUCAAUCGCAAUAAAAUGGUGCAGCAGUGCUAUUUGUGUAAAAUUUAUAAACAUCAGGCUGGAGCGGAAUCUUUAAAAUUUAAUUCGCGUAUCAUGGCGUCUUAUUAUCGAGAAACUUGUUGAUAGCUUUCGAUUUAUAACUGUAAUAUUCGAAAUUCUAGGAGGUUUAUGUUCCAAGCGUUUUGGAGAAAAUGCGUUUGUUUAUGGAAGUGAGGGACAAAAGACACUCAAGCGGGAUGCGAUUCCUCUCAUCUCUCAUUCUUUGUUUGAUCCUGCAGUAAGCACCAGGUAAACUCUUAAUACAUAAUAGACUAGUUUUUCUAAUACAGUAAACAAAAAAGAAUAGUUGUAUUUAAUAAUAUUUAACAACCACUCAUUUUGAUUCUGAUUCUAUCUGCUGUUUAACUUUUCAUAUAAGAUGUUUCUG